AUGAUGUUGUCAAACGAGUUCAAAAUAAAUGAAUGUGACAAAUGUGUAUAUGUGAAAAAUACACCAGAUGCCUAUGUGAUUGUGCGUCUAUAUGUAGACAAUAUGUUGGUGAUCGACAAUAGUCACGAAGUGGUGCUAAACGCCAGGAAAAUGCUUACGAAGCAUUACGACAUGAAAGACAUGGGUGUGACAAAUAAAUGUACUCGAUCGGAUAAUACUUUUGCUUUGAAUAAACUUAGUAGAUUCACGAGUAAUCCAGACCAUGAUUAUUGGGUGGCAUUGACAGAGGUCCUUAGGUAUUUGAAAUAUAUCAUGACCUAUGGAUUACAUUUAACAAGAUAUCCUGUGGUAUUGAAAGGAUAUUGUGAUGCAAUGGAAGGUCCUCAAAAGAUUGGGAUGAACUUUGGUCCGUCUAUAACUGGUAUUUAUUGCUUUGGUCUUUUAUGA